AAAAUCUUUGAAAAGAUGUUUUGAUUUGAAAAGGAAUCGUUUGUUUUUCUGUUUAUUAUUGCUUUUUUUUUAAGACUUAUUCUAAUUUUUUUUAUUCUUUGAAAAAGCUCGCGUGUUUAUAUCGGCUUACAUUUCGUUUAUUCUAAUCCGACAUACACACAUAAAGUGACCCAUACACGUAUAUAACCUAAAAGGGCAAAGGGCUUCACCGAGGUAUAUUUUGUAUCGCACAGCCUGAGCUGUAAAAUUCGCGAAUAAAAUUAAUUAGUGUCUCCAAUAAUGACAACAAAGCCAAUAAUAAUCGAGGAGUCGACGUUAGUGGCCCUUAAACAGGCAGCUCUGGAAAACAAUCAUCAUUUGAUAUUAACUGGCUCGGGGGUGUCCGCAACGUUCAAAAAAUCAGGAUUGGACAAGAAUUUGUUUAAUCUUCAUCAUUUGAAUUUUCUGAGCAUAACGCGAACAUGUCUUCAGAGUGUGCCGGAAGAAAUUGGGGAAUUGACGAAUCUUACGACCUUGAUAUUGCAUUCGAACGAGAUCGCCGAAUUACCGAGCUCGAUUGGCAGAUUAGUUAAUCUGAAGAUGUUUGAUUGCUCAAAAAACAAAUUGACCUCUUAUCCACAAGAAUUAGGCAACUUGCUUCAAUUGAAGAAGCUGAAUCUCUCCUCGAAUCUUUUGGAAUCUAUAUUGUCAUUGCGUACAAACAUCGCAUUGAGUAUGUUAAAUGUUGGAAACAAUAAAUUGAAGAUCUUUCCCGACGUCUGCUAUGCAGAACUCGUAUGUUUGUCGGAACUUUAUGUCAAUAAUAAUAAGAUAGAGAAAGUUCCGAUUACUAUAAAUCAACUUCCAGCAUUGAAGAUCUUAAAUCUUGAGUGCAAUUUACUUCUAGAUCUACCAGUUGAAUUGGCAAAUUGUGAUAAAUUAGAGAAGCUGAAUGUACAACUGAAUAAAAUGUCCGAUGACAACCUAAAGCGCUUAUGUGAAUGUGUUAGCAACACAAAAAAAAUAUUUGAUUAUCUGAAAUUAAACGUUACAGAAACUAAAUCACAAAUUGCUCAUCAGUAUAUAAACUUAAAGAUGGAUAAUCUCUUUCCUCGUUUUGAUCGAAUGCAUUUAAGAAGACAUCGAUUACUAAUUCAAGGAAUAAUACAUGAUACAGCAAUAAAAGUUACAGAAUAUGUAGAUGGUGUCAGACCUUUCAUAGCUGCAUGUAUUGUAAAACAAAUAAAUUUCACAGAGAUAAGUUUCAAAAAGUUUCUUCAAUUGCAAACAAGAUUACAUAAUGGAAUAUGUGAAAAUAAAAAUGCAGCUACAAUAGCAACUCAUGAUAUGAAAUUCAUAGCAUCUGAGAAUCUGACAUAUACGGCAAAGCCACCUGUGGAAUUAAAAAUUCAACCUUUUAUGCGCAACAAGAUAUACACAGGAGAUACUCUGUUUAAACAAUUGCAAGCAGAAGCUGAAAAUGUACGCAAAAUAACAAAACAAGAUGUAUAUCCUGAAAGAUAUAAAUAUUUAAAUUCGCUGGAAGGUAAAUCUUUAUUUCCGUGUCUGUUGGAUCAUUCGGGACAAAUUAUAUCAUUUCCACCUAUCAUCAACAGUGAUAUAACUAAAGUCUCUCUUUCCACUCAAAAAAUGUUUGUGGAGGUAACGAGUGCUACAUCAUACACAAUUUGCAGGAAUGUAUUGGAUCAAUUCUUGAAUGAAUUGUUAAUCUCAGGUAUCAUCAAUCCAAAAUUGAGUGAAACUCAUGGUUAUAACUUUAUAACUGUUGAACAAGUCAAAGUAGAAGAUACCGAUGGAAAUCAAAAACUGAUAUAUCCUUCAAGAGCAGAUCUCGAUGAGAAUCUAGAUAAAAAUAUUGUUGUAGAACGAGAAGAGGGAAUUCCAUAACUAAUUUCGCUAAUAUUUUGAUUUGCAUAUACAGUUUCGCAUUCGAUUUGAAAUUCAAUUAAAAACAAAAAAGUAAAAAAAAAGAUACACACGAAGGAGCCUUAAUACGUAUAUUUCUAAUCAGUCAUUCAAAGAUCCUCUCGUGUGUUUCGAUAUUGUAAGAAAUUUUCUACCAUAGAUUUAAAUAAAAAAUUUUUCUGUAA